AUGGGGUCCAUCAAUAAGCAAGUUGCACGCUACGAAAUCAGCGCUGUCUUCACUCAUCCUGACGCCUCCGUCGAUAUCGUCCUGGUCCAUGGUCUCAAUGGUCACCCGAAAAGUACAUGGACUUCCUCUUCGUCUUCGUCUCAACAUAAUGAAGGUGUGUUUUGGCCCACAGAUCUACUACCGCAGUCUCUAGGAAAGACUCGCGCCAAUAUCUUGGUCUAUGGCUACAACGCAGACGUCUAUACCACCGGUAAAAGCACAAGUGCAAGCGACAACUUCAUCUACCAACAUGCUCAGACACUGGUCACAAACCUCACCCUCUAUCGUAAAAGCGAGCGCACAGACAAGAACCCCAUCAUCUUUGUCGCACACAGCCUGGGCGGCAUUCUUGUCAAGCGAGCCCUCAUUUAUUCCAAUGACUUGAGAGACAAGAACCAAGAAGAUGCCAGAUCUAUCUUCGUCUCCACCUUUGGAAUCAUUUUCCUGGGAACGCCACACGCCGGAUCUGACAUGGCAACAUGGGGUAUCGUUUUGCAAAAGAUGGCAGACGCCAUUGCGCCUAAGAAAAUGUUUGAGAGCGAGUCGGUGCUCCUCAAAACCUUGAAGAAGGACAACGAGACUCUGCAAAACAUCAAUAGCCACUUUCUCGACUUUUACCAGCGUUUCAAGAUUCACAUGGCCCAUGAAAACCACAAAACGGAUAUCAGAGGAACGAUGGUGACGGUGGUUGAUGCGAGUUCGGCCAGUCCACAACUUCCAGGCGUUGUUUACUACGGCAUCGAGGCCCCUCAUUCCGGAAUGUGCAAGUUCAACAGCAGCAGCGCUCCUGGAUACAGAAACGUUUCAACCGCUAUUCGGACGUGGGCAGAAGAGGCUCCGCCAGUGAUUCGAACCCGCUGGGACAUUGAAAUGGACGACAGGAAAGUCAGAGCACAAUCCGAGGCAGCCGAGAUCACCCGCGAGUAUGGCAGUCCUCGAGAGACUAUGAUUUCAGAAUACAGAUAUGUUCCAGCAGCUCAACAAUCGUCACCUGUUGACACGACAAGCACCCGAUCCGCUCCUGUUUCUGACUCUGCUACCCAGGUCCUGAACUUUGGUCCUCACUUUGUUCAUCCCGACCGAUUCCGACCCAACUCGUUUUUCAAAGGGCGAGAGAACUAUCUUGCAGAUCUUCACAAACUGUUGAAAGACCCGAAGAGGCGUUCAGAGGGGACAUCUGCGGUUUUAAUUCAGGGCAUCCCUGGUGUCGGGAAAACACAUCUUGCUCGACAGUAUUACUUCAAUCACAAGGACCAGUAUUCCGGGGGCGCAUACUGGAUCAGGUCUACCACGUUACAAGAUAUGGAAGACGGGUUCUGGCGCAUUGCAAAAACCCAGGCUAUCAAGGGCAUGGCUGCUCAAGGACAUAAGAAGGACUUGUUAAAUCCACACAACAUGGUCGAUAUCGUCAAACGGUGGUUCAAUGAGUCAAGCGAUUGGCUGCUAGUGUUUGAUGGCAUUCGCGUCAACGACAAAGCGAUUCUCAAGUACAUACCCGACCGGCCAAACAGCAGUCUCAUCUACACAUCAACUGAUCGGUGUGAUCCUGGGUCUCAUCUUCUUGACAACCCCAGCAUGAUGAAGUUGCCUCUACCACCCAUUCAAGACGCACAGGAGUUGUUGCUCGAAGAAAUGGGAAAGAAACACCCAUACAACACUGAUGAUCUCAGACGAGCUCAUGAAUUGGUACAGCUGAUGGGCCGCCUCCCUCUGAUGAUUCACGCCGCUGCUGUGAACAUGAAUACCACGAGGGAACCGCUUGCAAAGUAUCUCAAGACCUUCCGGGACUCACCAAAAGUUGGCGAGCUUCCUGCAUACAUGGCGAUUCGAGAUCAGUUGCAGAGUCGCGGUAAUCACGCCGCGUUGAAUCUGAUCUACAUACUCUCCUUCUUCAGUCAAUUCAUACCGGUUGAACUACUGGCUCUUGGCUUGGGAGCUUUGGACAAGCGAACACCCGUGAAGACGGAAACGACAAAGGGCAGAAGGAGUCUGACACAGACUUUCGUUACUUUGAUAAGCUUCGCCCUUAUCGAACGAAACGAAGCUGAUGACGUCUCUUCCUCGAGCUCGCAGAGCGGUCUCGACACGACUCCUGAGCCUUUGGAUACACUUCGUGUUCACAGUGUUGUACAGGCCUUCUUUAUUGAGCUUCUUGCCAAGGAAGGACAGCUGAAUUUCUGGCUAGAGCGAGCCAUCCGCGUCUUCUGCGCAUCGUUCGAUGAGGCCUAUACCAGGAUGAACGACGAGCCUGCCACUGGCCUUCCCGAAGACUACAGACAAUAUAUUCGACACGGCAGAAGGUUGAAGGACCUUAUUGACCGCCAUAUCGUUGAUCGCCCAAUUCACGGGUCUACAGAACAACCCAGUUCGCAAACCGGACCUCUGAAUCUUGACGCUGCUCGAAAAGAUUUAGAAGAACGACUCGCGAAGGUGCCUGCAGACCUUAACGACUUACAGAGGACUAUAUCUACCCGAAUCAUCGACGGAAAGGAGGCCGCCCAUAAUUCUGUUUUCGAGCGAAUGAACAGUUUAUCGUCGCAUUCAACAGACGCCUCUGGUACCGCAGUACUCCCUCAAUCACCAGGGGUCUACUCGGCUGCAUUGGAGCAAGAAUACAAAUUGCCGCUGACAACCCACAACCCGCUUCACUUCCACAUGCCUUAUGUACCUUACGUGGAUGAACAGGCAUCUCCGGUUGAGUACCAGGAGUCCGAGGAUCGAACCAUAACUCCGUACCCGCCCGACAUUGAAGAAGGUCCAUACAAUGACACGGCUGACCCUGCGUGGACUGUUGUGGCCAGACACCGGUCAGUGAAGAAAAGGUCACUGAGGCGCUACCAUGAUCGUGGAGGAGCAUGGAGAGAGACAGCCGUAGCGACAAAUGAUCCUCGUGUGAGCAUCAGUCGCGAGUCUGCAAGAGGCCUCAUCACCCCACCUCAGUCUUCCAGAGGCGGCAGAUCACCCAGUCGGUCCAAAGUUUCCGCAAGAAGCGAAGCUGAGGCCGAACUACUUUACAUCAAGAAGGGAUCGCCACCACCACCUCGUGGCGGUGGCUACAUACACGACAAAGGCAGAAGCUCCAGUGCCGGUACAUCUGUAGGGCCAACCUCGAUGCUUGGAGCUUCAAGUUACGCCAAGGCCGUGUCAGGAACCGCAGUCGAGGAAGAGGCCCCCUCAUUUCCUACUUUCGCUUCUCCCCCUUCACGGGCCGCGACAAUCGACAGGAAAGCUGCUUACGAUGAUCGGUCCGUCUACAGCCUACAGACCGUGAACAGCCGCACGCCUUCCACGGCUCUCAGCAUAUCGGCCACCGCCGCGGCAGGUUCCAUCUAG